AUGUUUCUCAACGUGGUUACGAAAUGGGUCUUCGUCCUGCUGAUAGGAUCUACCUCCUCUCAAGUUAUGCCACAAGCACCCUUCGCUUACCCGUACCAACAAGGACAGCCGCCGAUGCAGAUGUUAAGCGCACCCAAUGGUCAGCCACCAAUGCAAAUGGCUCACCCUGGCUCCAUGCCCAUGCCUAACGGCGCGCCCAUGCAGAUGCCCCUCAUGAUGCCUCACAUGCCACGUCUACCUGGCAUGCCCUCCGCCCCUAUGCCAUUCCCCAUGCAGUUUCCUCUCCAUGGAGGCAGGCUGCCCAUGGUAGUGGCACCACAUCACUCAAAGAAAGCUGACAGACCUCGGAGGAAGAGCCACAAGAACAAACGCAAGCGCAUCAGCAUGGACUCCUCGUCCAGUGAAGGCUCGUGUUCACAAAGUGCGGAGUUUCGCUCCAGGAACAAACUAAGGACCUCAAAGAAGAAGAAGCAUGAGGUGCUGACUCCUGUGGUGUCGUAUGUCACGAAGGAUGGUUACGUAGUCUACCAGAAGAAGAUCAAGAAAGACAAGGCGAAAGACUGGCUGGAGAUGACGAAGGGAGAACAUGACAGCGAAGAGGAUAAGAUUAGGUUCAAACCCCGUGACCACGACCAUUAA